AUGGCCCUCCUCGGCGACGCGCUGCGGCAGGCCAUCAUGCCGCGGGGCGCGUACGAGGCGCUGCGGGACGAGGACCGCGCGCUGCCGCGCCUCCGCCGCCCGCUCGCCGUCGCCGCCGCCGCCUGCGUCGCCCUCGCCGCCGUCGCCGCCGUGGGGGUCAGCCUCGGGAUCGUCUUCCCCGCCGAGCCGGCCGAGCGCCCCUUCUGCCGCGAGCGCCGCAUGCUCGAGGCGCUCCCGGCGGCGGCCAGCAGCCGGGAGGAGGAGCCCGAGGCGUACCGCUACCGAGGCGGGGCCUUCUACAUGACCACGGCCGAGGCCGCAGACUUCUACUGGAUGGUCGUCUUCGUGCCAUCCGCCGUCCUCUUCGCCGUAUCCGCCUCCUACCUCGUAGCAGGAGUAUCUGUUGCAUAUACUGCUCCAAGAAGGCAUCCGUUCAUCUGCAUUGUCGAGAAUAACUUCUGUGCUUCUAGAAGAGGUGGUGUGCGGUGCCUAUCUAUUCUGAAUGCAGUUUUUGCUGUCAUAUUUGGUCUGAUGGCAAUUAUCCUUGGAUCAACGCUUCUCGCACUUGGAAGUACUUGUUCAGUUCCUCUCUUCUGGUGCUAUGAAAUUGCAGCAUGGGGCCUGGUAAUUCUAUAUGGUGGCACAGCGUUCUUCUUGAGAAGGAAAGCGGCAGCUGUACUUGAUGAGGGCAAUUAUGCUACGCACAGCGUGGGUCUUGAGAUGCUGGAGACCAAAGUGGAAGUGACCCCAGAGAUGCAGAGGCGUGUAAAUGAUGGCUUCAAAACAUGGAUGGGUUCAUCUCUUCUAUCUUCAGACGAUGAGGAGGAAGCUUCUGAUGAUUAUAUAGAGCACAAUGCUCCUAGUCCAAGAGCUUCCGUCCAGCACAGGAAUGAAGAUGAUUUGGAGAGCUGACUGAUGUAAAAACAAUGUACAUAGUGCCUACACUUGUAUGUUGAGGUUUGAUGAUGUUGUAAAUGCUUGGCUCGGGUCUUAUGGCUGUAAGUUUGUUGUUUCGUUCUUUUUCCACUGGAGACUAGAGGGGAAUGAAAAAGGGUGGUUAGUUAGAAAGUCAGGUUCUUAUACAGGAAUUCUUUCUAUCACUAGAGAUCACUUAUCAUUAUCUGGGGGUGAAGAGUAAAUUGAAAAGCUGCCUCCAUCUAAUGCACACUGUUUUUUAUACUUUGUAGUCAGCACGACAGUGUUGGACUUGGCUGGGUCUUGAGGCACAGUGC